AUGACCAUGGCUUCUUGGCGAGACAGUGCCUUUCGGGGAAAUCUUUCCAAUGACAUCCGUGAAAUUUGUGAUCGCCUUCGCGACUCGAUCCGCACAGAUCUCCAGAGGCAGCUGAACGAGAAGAAGGACUCGCGUGCAGACAUCUGGAAAGAGCACCUGACGCUGCAAGAUGUCGGAGCCGCCAGACUCAACCGAAUUGGAUGA